UAUUCCUAGGCAAACCUCGCGCGGCGCGCACCCCUCUCCAGCAGCAGCAGCAGCAGCAGCAGCAGCAGCAGCAGCACGCGCAUAUCAGGAGAAGGAGAGGGCAUCUGCAGAGCUCGAGACUCUUCUGACGGACCAGACUGCCGCCAUGAGCACGCAGCGCGCGAUGGAGCUGAUGUUCUGCUAGGAACCGACCAGAGGCUGCUGUGGCGUCGCGUGAGGAUCUGAACACCAUGAAGCUGCUGUUGAUACUCACGCUGUUAUGGCGCGAGGCGUCGUGCGGAUCUCCGAGUGUCCAAAUCGGUGGUCUGUUUCCGCGGGGGGCAGAUCAGGAAUACAGUGCGUUCAGGGUUGGAAUGGUUCAGUUUGGAAUGGCAGAUUUCAGACUGACUCCACACAUAGAUAACCUGGAGGUGGCUAACAGCUUUGCUGUCACUAACUGCUUUUGUUCUCAGUUCUCUCGAGGUGUCUACGCCAUUUUUGGCUUCUACGACAAGAAGUCGGUAAACACCAUCACAUCCUUCUGUGAGACGCUACACGUGUCCUUCAUCACACCAUCUUUCCCUGCAGAAGGAAUGAAUCAGUUUGUUCUCCAGAUGAGGCCGGACAUCAAGGGGCCCCUCAUUUCAUUGGUGGAGUACUACAAAUGGGAAAAGUUUGCCUAUCUGUACGACAGUGAUAGAGGUCUUUCGACUCUUCAGGUAAUACUGGAUACUGCAGCAGAGAAGAAGUGGGUUGUCACAGCAAUAAAUGUGGGAAAUCUAAAAGAUGAGAGGAAGGAUGAAGCCUACCGCUCCUUGUUCCAGGACCUAGAGAUCCGUAAAGAACGACGUAUAAUCCUGGACUGUGAACAAGACAAAGUCAGAGACAUCAUGGAACAGGUGAUCACUAUAGGCAGGCACGUGAAGGGGUACCACUAUAUCAUCGCUAACCUGGGUUUUGUAGAUGGCGACCUAUCUAAAAUCCAGUAUGGAGGUGCGAAUGUGUCUGGGUUUCAGAUAGUAGACUUCGAUGAUCCUGUGGUUUCAAAGUUUGACCAGCGAUGGGAGGCCCUGGAAGAGAAGGAGUAUCCAGGAGCUGAUUCAAGGAUCAGAUACACCUCAGCCCUCACCUAUGAUGCUGUCCAUGUGAUGACAGAGGCAUUCCGCUUUCUUCACAAGCAGAGAAUAGACAUGAGUCGUCGUGGCAACAGUGGGGACUGUUUGGCCAACCCAGCAGUUCCCUGGGCACAAGGGGUGGAGAUUGAACGUGCCCUCAAACAGGUGCGUGUAGAUGGAUUAACAGGGAACAUUCAGUUUGACCAGUACGGGAAGAGGAUCAACUACUCAGUGACAGUGAUGGAGCUGAAGAGCAAUGGCCCUGUGAAGAUUGGCUAUUGGAACGAGGUGGAUAAAAUGGUGGUGACAAAGUCAGACCUUUAUCCUAAUGAUACCAUUGGAAUGGAAAACAAGACAGUCAUUGUCACUACGAUCCUGGAAGCCCCCUACGUGAUGAUGAAGAAGAAUUCCGAGCUGUUUCAAGACAAUGAUCGUUAUGAAGGUUAUUGCGUAGACUUGGCUGCAGAGAUUGCAAAGCAUUGUAGUAUACGCUACCAGCUCAGGAUUGUGGGAGAUGGCAAAUAUGGAGCGAGAGAUGCAGAAACCAAGAUCUGGAAUGGUAUGGUUGGAGAGCUGGUGUAUGGGAAAGCAGAUAUAGCAGUUGCUCCUCUGACCAUCACUCUUGUUCGUGAAGAAGUGAUAGAUUUCUCCAAACCAUUCAUGUCUUUGGGAAUCUCCAUCAUGAUCAAGAAGCCGCAGAAAUCCAAACCAGGAGUCUUCUCUUUUCUCGACCCACUGGCCUAUGAAAUCUGGAUGUGUAUUGUCUUUGCCUAUAUAGGAGUCAGUGUGGUUCUCUUUCUGGUAUCCAGAUUCAGCCCCUAUGAGUGGACGCUAGAGGAGCCAGAGGACGGAGCAUUGCCUCUAACAACCGAGUCCACCAAUGAGUUUGGGAUCUUCAACUCCCUGUGGUUUUCUUUGGGGGCUUUCAUGCGGCAGGGUUGUGACAUCUCACCGAGGUCCCUGUCCGGUCGUAUAGUGGGGGGGGUAUGGUGGUUUUUCACUCUGAUUAUCAUCUCUUCAUACACUGCCAACCUGGCAGCCUUCCUGACGGUGGAGAGAAUGGUUUCUCCAAUCGAGAGUGCGGAAGACCUGGCUAAACAGACAGAGAUCUGUUACGGAACCCUCGACUCUGGAUCCACCAAAGAGUUUUUCAGGCGCUCUAAAAUUGCGUUGUUUGACAAGAUGUGGCAAUAUAUGAAAUCAGCAGAACCGUCUGUCUUCGUCAAGAAAACCUCAGAGGGUGUCUUGCGUGUCAGGAAGUCCAAAGGGAAAUAUGCCUACCUACUGGAGUCCACCAUGAACGAGUACAUCGAGCAGAGAAAACCUUGCGACACUAUGAAAGUAGGAGGAAACCUGGACUCCAAAGGCUACGGCAUCGCCACGCCAAAAGGAUCCCCAUUAAGAGUGCCAAUAAACCUUGCCGUAUUGAAACUGAAUGAGCAAGGGACCCUAGACAAGAUGAAAAACAAGUGGUGGUACGAUAAAGGAGAGUGUGGCUUCAAGGACUCCACCAAUAAGGAGAAAACCAGCGCCCUGUCUCUCAGUAACGUGGCAGGGGUCUUCUAUAUCCUGGUUGGAGGACUGGGUCUGGCCAUGAUGGUGGCUCUGGUAGAGUUCUGCUACAAGAGCCGUGCUGAGGCCAAAAAGAUGAAGGUGGCAGCCAACACAUUGUCCUCCCCCCAGCAUACAGGAAACUACACACACACUUUGUCUUCUCCUCAACAUGCCCCCAACUUCAACCUGCUGUCCCCCAGCCACCAGCCAAACUACGCCACCUAUAAAGAGGGCUACAACGUUUACGGCAUUGAGAGUGUCAAGAUCUAACACGGAUGAAAUUCACAGAUGCAAUGCGCUCCAAAGCUCGUCUAUCCAUCACAGGCUCGACUGGUGAGAAUGGUCGUGUCCCGGUGGCUUACCUUCGUCCAGGAUUACCAAUGAGCCUCAGCAUGACUGAUCUGUCCUGACCUGACCCGUGCCAGUGCCUUACAGCCACGCCAAACAUCCUCCCGCCCUCUGACAGUGAGUGGAAAUGCUUGUCAUCUCCGUUGGUGACCAAUUACCACUCACCAUGGGUGAUCUACCCUGAUUUUCAAUCUGGAGUUUACCAAUCAUAUCACACUGAGGACUCCUGAUCUUAUCUUUAUCAUUUCACCUACAAAGACUGGACACAAGUUGUCCCCUCACCACUGGCUGUCAGGUUUUCGCAAAGACCUGCCGACAUACAAAGUGAAUCACUGAACCAUCAGCGAAAAGAUGGCUGGUCAUUUAUAAUUCAUAAAAACACUAUUAAGCACAGUGGACAGUUUUUUAACAAACAUCAUUGUUUCGUAGAUUUUUGCCAUGGAGGCUAUAGAGACUAAGGACAACAGUGAUGCUGACGUUAAUGCAAUAACAAGAUUAAUCAGGGAUGUGAUCAGGAAUUGUGUGUAUAAAGAGUAUUGGUUAAAAUGGGUUAAAGUGCUAUGAACAAAGACGGAUGUCCUGAAGAAAUCACAUCCAUAAAAUAAUAGUAAUUGUAAUAACAGAUAAUGAUAAUGGUGUUAUUGUUCUUAAUUGUUUUCCUUAAUUCUGCCUGAAAAUACCUAAUUAGUAGAGUCUUUUACCAACCCAAGGGAUGCAUGGACACACACACACACACACACACACACACACACACACACACACACACACACACACACACACACACACACACACACACACACACACACACACACAGGGAUGGGCAGAAACAAUGCCUAAAAUGCCUGGAGACCUUGACAAUAUUAAAUUAACGUAUAAGCAACAAGUAGAACACCAGUUUUCAGUGGGAAUUUGUACAAAAAAUGUAAGCCAUCACAAUAGAUUGAACCACUGACAUAAAAAACUCAAAAUCCUCCUCCUACGGUCUUCAUGAUAAAUCAAUCAUAGAUAAUAUCAGAUCAAACAAAAGCAAAACAACAUUCCCUUCCCAAAUUGGGAUCAAUAAAGUACUUAUUUUCUAUUCAGUUUGAUAUUGCUCUUGUUGAUGGCUGAUAGCUUAACGUUGUUUAAAGAACACAGCUCUUCCACCAUGUGAUAGUCAGAUACCAUAUGGCAAAACCAUAUCAUAAUAAUAAUAAUAAUAAUAAUAAUAAUAUAUUUAAUUUGUAAUGCACUCUUCAUUCCAAGGGAAUCUCAGAGUGCCAUAACUAUGUGAAUCAACUUACUUUACUCAUCAGUCUUAACAGCAUUAAGUUUAUUGCUUUUGUUUAAGUAGGUAGGUUAAGAGUAGGUUAAGCCACAGACAGGAAGCUGUGGACCUGUUAGUGAACACAUGGUGUUGGUAGGUUAAAAAGCUAAUGUAUGUUGACAGUGUCAUUAACUUAACUAAAUAAAACUAACUUACCUAAUUAAAUUUGGUGGUAGCAUUGUUAUAGCCAACCAAAAGAAAUAUUAAAUAUGCUGCAUUUGUCCUUGUUUCAGUUAGUGUAUCUGUUUUCAGGUCAAUUUUGAAACAGAUGGUUGUGUAAAGCUUCCGGCACUGUCCAGUUCCCGGUUUGUUUUUUUAAAAUGAUGAUCAUAUUUGUCUCUCUGCUUGAACUGUUGCAAGAAGUCACAAACUGCCCUAUAGGCUGAGGAAAAGGCAGUGUAACAGAAUCACAAUACCUAUUCAUCACACAUUGUUACAGCGAAAGCAAAGAGCCAAAAAUAGCUUAAUAUUAAUUAAGAAGCAUGAAUAAAAUAUUAAAGAUACAAUUAGAAAUUAAAAUGUACAAAAUACAAAUGCAGUACCGGUGACAGUAUUUAAAAAAUAUUAAGUUUAGCUUGUAUAAAGUUGUGAGAUAGCAGCCAGGUGAUAGAAUUAAAUAUUUCACACUUAUUUACAGAUUUAUUAAAGAAGUUGAAUUGUCUAGGUAAAGGACAGCAGCCAAUCAUAAUUAUUAUUAUUAUUAUUUAGCAGUAUAUACUGUAUAUAUACUAAAUAUAUUGCACAAAAGUAGUAUUGCACAACAGGAAUGUUUGAAUCUUUGGUGGUUGUGAAGUCUGACCGCUGCAGGAAGGAAGGACCUGUGGUCUCUCUCUGUGAGACACAGAGGGUGCAGCAGCCUGUCACUGAAGCAGCUGCACAGUGCGGACAGGAUAUCCUGGAGGGGGGAGGACACGAUGUCCAGCAGCUUGACUGCCAUUCUCCUGUCUCCCGUGUCCUCCACAGUGUCCAGAGGACUCCCCAGGACAGAGCUUUUGUCUAGUGUUGCAGAGCACUUAAUAAGCUAAUGGCCAGACAAAGUUGUGUGUGUGUAUGGCUGUUGUUUCUGUGCUACAGUUGACUGUGCAAGCGUUCAAAUGGCCGCAUGUUGUAUCCUCCAGCCAAUAAAGCAGCUGCUGAGUCCUCAGUCACACUGCGCUCUCAGGAGGGGUUUGGCUUGCAGACAUAGGGACUACAGUUAUGUGCAAAAUUAAAAUAUUAGUUAUUCGCUGUCAUUUACAUUAUGCAGAACAUUUCAAGUAUAUUUUACCUGGGGCAAUAAGUCGGAAAGGAAUAGUGAGGGGCUGGAAAAGGCAUACGGGUUGUCCAGCUGACACUCUGUUACAGCUGCUCCGUGGUUAAAAGAGCUUUAGGGGAGGGAUAAUGGUGGAACAGCUUGCGGACACAAAUUAGUAUUUCAUGAUGUUCGGAAUAAUUUCAAGACAGGAAAAUGUAUCUGUGCAGUGUUAUCAAAAUAUAUAUAAUAUAUAUUUUUAUAAAUAUUGUGCUUCAAAUAAAAUUACAAAACAAUUCUGCCCACCCCUGUCUAUAGGUUAGCUCACAAUACACACACACACAUCCUGAUCACCUACACACAUCACUACAUACUGACACACAACAUCACACAUGAUACACACUUCUACCCUAACAUUUGCACGCGCACAUGCACAUAUUAUUGUCAAAUGAGUUCUAAAGCCAACUGGAUGAUGUGCCAAACAGACUGAGAACCAAUCAGAGCUCUCCAUGCUCAGCCAAUGGCAGCUGCUGAUACUGUAACCUGAGCCAAUGGAAGUUCUCACUGCUGUGAGAUGGACAAGAAACUGUGAAAAAGACUUUCCUUUUAAUAAACAUACUGCACUGAUGAUGGCAUCAAAGACGAGGAAGACGAAGAGAGGAUGAAGAAAAACGUUUGCAUGUCACUGAGUUUUUUCUUUACGAAAAAUUGACAGCCGGAAGCUUUGUGCCUGGCUGCAUUUUAGUGUUUAAUAAUAAUAGUAAUAAGAAUAAUAUUAACAACUUAAUUGCAGUAAUGAUGUGGUUCUUGUUAUGUAUAGUGUAUGUUUUUAAGAACUCAAGUAUGCUAUUUUCUUUCCCCAGGGGGCUGUUAUUAAUGCUAUUAAUUAGAGGCGAGUUGGUUCACUCUCCCACAACAUAAAACAUGUUGAGACUUGAGAGAAGCUGAAGAUGUCAUGGUUUCUUCUGACAUUUCUCAUCAUAGACCCAUAUCAUUUUUGCAAUGACCACAUGUGGUCCAUAUAAUGACGUUUCCAUGGUGUUGUUACAAUGUGACAACAUGUCAAACACGGAUAGAGAUGUGGGAAUUAUCCCUUAUCACUUUCUUUGUAGUUGCUUUUCACCGAAGUAAAUUAAGAUAAAUACAACAUAAAUUUGGGGUAUUGUUUGACAUAUGAGCACAUGUAUAACCACACAGUACAUUGUUUAUUUGUGAUCUGACUGUUCAGUAUAUAUUAAACUUGCCUGCCCUCAAAUUGUUUUUAUAGAGAAACUCACAGACUCUAACAUAAGACAUGAGUUCUGAGAUUUGAACCCAUUGCAUUUGUCUUUUGUUUAAAAGGACUUUUGUUUAUGGUGACAAUGAUCUUUAGUGGUCAUAUGACUUAUGACUGUCUAUAAGGAAUAAACAGUGCAAUAUGAAAGUGUUGAUAGAAUGUGUGUAGGGAGGAGGUGUGUGACUGACAGGAGAGAUUACUGUCCAUUUUAUAUUUACUCACACUUGUAUUUCCAAAUAUUAGUUUGUUACUGAUUUCUUGUUAUCUUGCUUGUUUCCUAACUUCUAACAAGUGUUUGUGCUUAAACUUAACCAAACCAUUCUCCAGUUUCACACCAAAUGCACAAUUGCAAACAGCUUGUAAAAACAUCUAACCUGGAUACUACUACAUCCUUCAUCACAAUGUGAACAAAUUAACUUUAGAUUUUCUCACCUAUUAUACACUACUUCUCUGAUAUUUUCUGUUAUGCUUUAGAUUUUGAACCUGAAUCAUAUUAAAGUUUCAGGACUGUGGGAAUUCAAAGAUGCACUGAACUUUCCUUUAUUCUUCUCUGCUUUAAAAUUGUCAUUGUCUGAACUGAGUACGCUUCACUAAAUGUCAGAAUCCCAUUGGAGGGGCUUUUAGUGUUUAGGGUAACAGUUGUAUUUGAGAGAACUUGUGGACAGGCCUGUUUUGCGCUGAUUCUUCUGCAGGAUACCGGGGUUCACAUCAGGUGGAAGACCACAUUAAAAGCUCCACUGUGGAGUGUUUUUGUUAAAAAAUAAAGCUUCUGUUAACCUUCA